ACCGGACCGCGUUCUCGCCGAACCACCGCAGCAGGGUUAGAAGGGAGAUGGCCGCCCUCAGUCGUGGCCUUUGACGGUUUCCGAGCGUUGGUAUUUGGCAUGCGCUACCCCCUCUUGCUUUGGUUCCGCCAUGCCGAUGUACCAGGUAAAGCGUUAUCACGGGCGCGUCGCGCUUCUCCGUGUGGAACUUCUCACCUGCAUGUACCGGCUCCCCAACGUGCAAGGCAGGAGCGGCCGCCCAGCGCCCUGCGUUGGCCACGUGCAGCUCCAAGAGCAUCAAGAGGAGAUUGAGGGGAUGAUGAAUACCCUCUUCAGGGGUGUCUUUGUUUAUCGGUGCAGGGAUGUCCUUCCUGAGAUCCGUGCUAUCUGCAUCGAGGAAAUUGGUUGUUGGAUGCAAAGCUACAGCAUUUCUUUCCUCACCGACAGCUAUUUAAAAUAUAUUGGUUGGACUCUGCAUGAUAAGCACCGAGAAGUCCUGAAGUGCAUGAAGGCUCUGAAAGGGCUGUACGGCAGUCGGGACCUGACCGCACGCCUGGAGCUCUUCACCAGCUGUUUCAAGGACUGGAUGGUUUCCGUGGUCAUGGACAGAGAGUAUGAUGUGGCAGUGGAGGCCAUCAGAUUACUGAUACUUAUCCUUAAGAACAUGGAAGGGGUGCUCACAGACGCAGACUGUGAGAGCGUCUACCCCGUUGUGCAUGCCUCUAAUCGAGGCCUGGCCGCUGCUGCGGGCGAAUUUCUGUACUGGAAACUCUUCUACCCUGAGUGCAAGAUAAGAACGAUGGGUGCAAGAGAGCAACGCCAGAGCCCAGGCGCCUAGAGGACUUUCUUCCAGCUUCUGCUGUCCUUCUUUGUGGAGAGCGAGGUGACAUACACAGAGAGAAGUCUGGCUGUUGUGCAUAGGACCUACAAGUGGGCUGGGCUUGGUGGCUCAUGCCUGUAAGUCCAGCACUUUGGGAAGCUGAGGUGGGAGGAUCCUUUGAGCCCAGGAGUUUGAGACCAGCUUGGGCAACAUAGUGAGACCCUGUCUCUACCAAAAAAAAAAAAAAAAACAAAAGACAAAUGGAGAAGGAUGGGGGUGGACACUGUAGGAAGGAGAGCGAUAUUUAAUCAGUAACCACUUCCUAGGGUAUUUUAACAUGCCAUCACUAAAUCCCCAUGCACCUCCUUCCCCAGCUCCACGACCACGCUGCUUACUUAGUAGACAGCCUGUGGGACUGUGCAGGGACUCAGCUGAAGGACCGGAAGAGUCCGACAAGCCUGCUGCUGGAGAAGGACCAGAGCACGUGCCACAUGGAGCCAGGGACAGGGACCUUCCACCUCCUAGGGUGAAACCAGGAGAGAUUGCUUGCCUGACUUGUACAAGGCAGGAACGGUGGCAUGGGGUGGGGGGAACUUGGAGUUGGAAGGUGGCUAAUCUUUGAUUCUAUGUUUUUGAUCCUCCUGGCACUCCAGACCUGGGUGAUGUGCAGGAGAGCACACUGAUAGAAAUCCUUGUGUCCAGUGCCCAGCAACUCCUGCCUCAGCCUCCUGAGCAGCUGGGACUACAGGAGCCCGCCACCAUGCCCGGCUAAUUUUUUUGUAUUUUUAGUAGAGACAGGUUUUCACCGUGUUAGCCAGGAUGGUCUUGAUCUCUUGACCUUGUGAUCCGCCUGCCUCAUCCUCCCAAAGUGCUGGAAUUAUAGGCGUGAGCCCCCGUGCCUGGCUGCCUAAGGUUUUUUCUUUGCUUUUUAAAAAACAGCUUCAUAUUAAGUAACACUGUAGUAACCAUUAUUUCAUAUGCAAGUAUGUGUUUUCUAGUGUACAUUUUUAAAUGGGACUUUACGUGACAGCUUUAUUGAGAUACAACUUACAUAUCAUAAAAAUCACCCCCCUUUUUUUUUUGAGACAGAGUCUCGCUCUGUCACCCAGGCUGAAGUGCAGUGGCGUGAUCUUGACUCACUGCAACCUCUGCCUCCCAGGUUCAAGUGAUUCUCCUGCCUCAGUCUCCUGAGUUGCUGGGACUGCAGGUGCCCACCACCACGCCCGGCCAGUUUUUGUAUUUCUAGUAGAGACAGGGUUUCACCAUGUUGGCCAGGCUGGUCUUGAACUCCUGACCUUGUGAUCUGCCCACCUCGGCCUCCCAAAGUGCUCCCAAAGUGCUGGUGAGCCACCGCGCCCAGCCAAAAAUCACCCUUUUAAAGUGUACACUUAGCAUAUUCACUGAAUUGUACAACCUUCACCACUAUCUAAUUUUAGAACAUUUUCAUUAUUCCAAAAGAAACCACAUACCCAUUCGCAGUCUCUGCCCAUCUUCCCAGCCUUAGGUAGUAUCACUAAUAGAAUUCCUAUCUCUUGAUUUGCCUGUUCCGGACCUUUCGUAUAAAUGGAAUCGUAUAAUAUGUGGCCUUUUAUGUCCAGCUUCUUUCACUUAGCACAGUGUUUUCAACGUUCAUCCAUACUUUGACAUAUAUCAGUAUCUCAUACCUUUUUAUGACCAAAACAAUAUGCCAUUGUGUGGAUGUGCCACAUUCUACUUAUCUACUUGUCAGUUGAUUGACAUUUGGGCUGUUUUAUGCAUAAUGCUGCUAAACAUGCAUGUACCCAUUUUUGGGUGGAUGCAUCUUUUCAGUUAUCUUGAGAUAUACCUGGGAGUGGAAUUGCUGGGUCCUGUGGCAAUUCUAUAUUUAAGUUUUUGAGGAACUACCACACUCUUUUCCAAAGUACCUACACCAUUUUACAAUCCUGCCAGCAAUGUAUGGGGGCCCUGGUUUCUCCAUGUUGUCACCGGUACUUAUUAUUGUCUUUUUAAAUUUUAUCCAUCUCCUGGUAACUGUGAGGUGUGGUAUCUCAUUGUGGUUUAAAUUUGCAUUUCCCUAAUGACCAAUGGUAUUGAGCAUUUUUUCAUGUGCUUAUUGACAAUUUGUUUAUCUUCUUUGGAGAAAUGUCUGUUCUGAUCCUUUACUAUUUUAAAAUAGGGUUGUCUUUUUAUUGUUGAGUUGUAAGUAUUCUUUAUAUAUUCUAGACACGAGAUUCCUUAUGCUAUGCAAACAUUUUCUCCCAUUUUUUGGGUUGUCUUUUCGUGUUAUUGGUGGUGUCCUUUGAAACAUAAAAGUUCUUGAAUUUGGUAAAA